AAUAAAUAAAAAAAAUAAAACACAGAAAUAAAGCGACAUCUGCAUCUUCUUCUUCUCCUUUUCGACUCAAAAACUUGGGAAAGAAAAUUUGAUCCGGUACUGUGUUCAUCUUCACCCUGAAUUUAUUUAUUAUUUUUUUCUUUUCCCCCUUUUUUGUAAUAUUUAUUCCCUGCAUUCCAAUUUAUUGUAUUUUUCUUUUUUUUUCCACAAAAUUUGCGGUUUUUCGUUAUUAUUUCAUUUAUCAAAUUGUUUCCGAAAUUCAAUAUUUCUGUUUAUUCGAAUGAGAAUCUUGACGUAGAAAACAUUAUUCUUGAUUCUUUUUUGUAUUCAUUACGUUUUGGAUCGGCAAGUUUGAAUUUUUGCUUACCGAAUUGAGUUUCCGUUGUUUUUUUCUUGCGAAUUUGAUUAUUCUGCGAGAAAAUUUAUUGAGUAAUAGCUUAUUUUUGUCAAUUUUUUUCUGUUUUUUUUUCUCAUUGUUUAUUUGUAUUAUAUUCAAUUUUACAGAAGAAUUUGAUCUUACAUUUCACGAUCUUUUUGAAAAUCUGUAACUUGAAUCACAUUGUUUCUCUAUUUCGUUUUUGAUUUUGGUGGGCAUCGUUUUUCAUAUACAAAUUACUUCUGCGACGAGCAAUCAAUAAACUCUACCGAUAAGGGGAGAGAAAAAAAAAUCUUCCCUUUCUUCCAUACUAUCGUCCACAUUAGCUGCAUUUUGAUUGACAAGGUCGACCUUUAAUUUCCAUGCAACGUAUUGGGUUGCAGUUAGAUUUUCGAGCUACGUUGUUUUUCACCGGAAUACUGAAAUAUUUAAGGGUUGUCUUCUUGAGGUGUCUGGUCUGACGAAAUUAGGCCUUUUCUUUUUUACGUUACUCUUUGAUGGGAUUGAGAAGGUUGGAUUUCGAUGUUGGAAAUCAAGAAAGAGAAUUCAGAAGGAUUUGAGAUAUAUUUUUGAUGGGGAACACAUGUGUUGGACCGAACGUGGGGAACAAUGGAUUCUUACAGUCGGUCUCAGCUGCAGUGUGGCGACAACGUGGGACCGAGGAAUUGGUCCCUACUCAAAAGGAAGCGGAUGGUAGCAGUAAGGCUUCUGCUGCUGCUGCAGCGACCUCUGCCCCGAAAGAAUCUCAAACUGCUCUGCCUGUCCAAAGUACACCACCUGAACCAGUUACGAUCAGUGAAGAGGUACCUAAGCGUGUAGAAGCAAUAAGUUCUGAUAAGCCAGGUGAAAAAGUGCAGGAAGCUAAACCAGUGGAACCCACAAAACCUAAGAAACCUCCAAAUUUUAAGAGAAUGGCAAGUGUAGGGCUUAACAUAGAUUCUGUGUUACAGAGGAAGACUGAGAUUCUGAAGGAGAAAUACAGUUUGGGGCGGAAGCUCGGACAAGGGCAAUUUGGCACAACCUUUUACUGUCUGGAGAAAGGAACUGGGAAGGAAUUUGCAUGCAAGACGAUCGCAAAAAGAAAGCUCACAACUGCAGAGGAUGUAGAAGAUGUGAGAAGAGAAAUUCAGAUAAUGCAUCACUUAGCAGGCCACCCAAAUAUCAUCUCAAUUGUGGGUGCUUUUGAGGAUGCUGUUGGAGUUCAUGUCGUUAUGGAGUUGUGUGCUGGUGGAGAACUCUUCGACAGGAUUAUUCAGAGGGGGCAUUAUUCAGAAAAACAGGCAGCUGAGCUUGCGAGAGUUAUAGUUGGUGUUGUUGAAGCAUGCCAUUCCUUGGGUGUCAUGCAUCGAGACCUGAAGCCUGAGAAUUUUCUAUUUGUCAGCCAGGGAGAUAACGCACUGCUUAAAACAAUUGACUUUGGACUGUCAAUAUUUUUUAGGCCAGGGGAAACAUUUACUGAUGUGGUUGGAAGUCCUUAUUAUGUUGCCCCAGAAGUUUUGCGAAAGCAUUAUGGUCCAGAAUGUGAUGUUUGGAGUGCAGGGGUAAUUAUUUAUAUUUUACUAAGUGGCGUCCCUCCAUUUUGGGAUGAAACGGAGCAGGGAAUCUUUGAACAGGUUUUAAAAGGUGAGCUUGACUUUGUAUCAGAUCCAUGGCCUAGCAUCUCUGAGAGUGCAAAAGAUCUGGUCCGAAAAAUGCUUGUAAGAGACCCCAAAAAACGGCUAACUGCCCAUGAAGUUCUCUGUCACCCUUGGGUUCGGGUUGGUGGUGUAGCUCCCGAUAAGCCCCUUGAUUCUGCAGUUUUAACUCGCUUGAAGCAAUUCUCUGCCAUGAACAAACUCAAGAAAAUGGCAAUCAGAGUUAUUGCUGAGAAUCUGUCUGAAGAGGAAAUUGCUGGCCUGAAAGAAAUGUUUAAGAUGAUAGACACAGAUAAUAGUGGACAGAUCACUUUUGAAGAACUCAAGGUUGGUAUGGAAAGAGUUGGUGCAAAACUCAAGGAGUCUGAAAUAUAUGCAUUAAUGCAAGCUGCUGAUAUUGACAACAGUGGUACCAUAGAUUAUGGUGAAUUUUUAGCUGCAACUCUACAUCUAAAUAAAAUCGAAAAAGAAGAUCAUUUGUUUGCGGCUUUCUCAUACUUCGACAAAGAUGGAAGUGGAUAUAUAACUCAAGAUGAGCUCCAACAGGCUUGUGAGGAAUUUGGUAUAGAUGCUCAUCUUGAAGAUAUGAUACGAGAAGUGGAUCAAGACAAUGAUGGGCGCAUAGAUUACAGUGAAUUUGUGGCUAUGAUGCAAGACAAAGGUUUUGGCAAGAAGGGGCUUUUCAAAUGACUAUGGCUCUGGGUUUAAGAAACCGUAAAGCUUGGUUGAUGCCUAGUCGUGGUCAUGUAUUUUCUAACCUUUUCUUUUUCUUUUUCUUUUCCAUUUUUGUUCUUGUUAUCAGUAGAAUUGGUUGGGACAAGGUCUUACCAGAGUUGAGUUGGAUAACAGUAGAACCAUGCAUAGCCAUUGUAAAGAUCAGACACUUACAAAGCUAAAAUAGGUUCAUAGAGUUUUUUUUUAUUAUA